GAAGAGAGGGGUCCCAUUCCGCGACUGUCGAAGUUGGCGGAGAUGACGUUGAAGCAAAACCGAUUUCACAAUCUCGAGAAUUGGCUGUGGCUGAGGACGCAAGCUGACCCGAGGAAAGUUUUCAAGUUUUUGCUUCUUGGCGAGGCGGGCGUGAAGCUGGAGAACAACCCGAAGUUCAUUCAGUGGAUCAAGUACGUCAAGCUGUACCAGGCGGAUCAAGGCGUCCACCGCUUCACGGCCAGCGAUAUCUUCUACACGCUCUUGGCAUCAAAGAGGACGGAAGAAGAGGUGGCUGUGCUGUUUGCCUCACUCAAGAAGAUCCCGGGCUUGAAGAAACUCGCGGAAGACCUACAGAAGGCGCAGUUUGACUCGUGGAGAAUCAAAGGCAAGAUCCCGAACGCGGGGAGAAUAUAUGGGAAAACUAUGCCAAGUAUGCUGCUCGAGUGA